ACACUGCACGAGAGAGAGAGAGAGAGAGAGAGAGAGAGAGAGAGAGAGAGAGAGAGAGCACAGUAGUAGAAAGACAGAGAGACAUUCAGAGACAGAGGCAUGCUCAGAAUCUGACGCACUAAGAGGACUCGGAGUAUUGAGAAGCUUCAGAAAAAGACGACACCAAUCUGCCAAUAUGCAGAGAGUCCAUAUCAGCCUUUUCCCACUGACACCCUUAAUUACAGCCCUCCUGAUCCUCCUGCUGUGUUCAGCUGGUUCUAGUUUGGAGCUGAGCCCCAACACAAAAGAAAUCAUCCUGCCUGCUAAUGCCUCCAUCUCCAUCAUCUGUUCCGGCUGGGCGCCCGUCUCCUGGCGCUACAGAAGAGAUGAGAACAUACCUGCAUUCAGAACAGAGAACCGAUCCCUCACAUCUAGUGUUCUCCAUCUGGAGAACGUGACAUGGACACACACAGGAGUGUACGUGUGCUCUGAGAAUGGCUCAGAGGAGAGCAGGGAGGUGGCUGUCUAUGUGCCUGACUCGGAGGAGUGGUUUUUGGAGAAUGACUAUCAGGCAGUCACUAAGACAACUGAUGAAGGGACAGUCCCCUGUCUGGUGACAGACCCCAAAAUAAACGUGACCCUCCAUGAUAAAGACACUGAAAUCCCAGUGAAGGGCAAAUACAUACCCACUAGUGGCUUUAGAGGAAUACUGGAAGACAAGAUUUACAAAUGCAGAGGAGAACGCAAUGGAGAGGAAAAAUGGUCCAACAUAUUCUACGUGUUCACCAUCUUAGUUCCUGAGGCGCUGGACGCCCACAUCAAUGCCUCGAAGACGGUGUUGAAACAAGGCGAGCCGCUCAGCGUCAACUGCACGGCCCACGGAGUAGAACUCGUCUACUUCUCCUGGGACUUACCGAACAAAGAUGUUAAAGAUGUGGAAACCUUGACAGACAUAAUCUCAGCAACCAUGAGCAUGCGCUCCAUCCUGAACAUUUCUCAAACCACUCUGAAACACUCUGGACAAUACAUCUGCCGUGCACAAGAGAGCGUGGGCAACCAACGUACUUCUCUUAGUGUCAACAUCACUGUGCUGGAGAGAGGUUUUGUCGAGCUGAGCUCAUUUCUAAGCCCCAAUGUCUCAGCGUUACUUCAUGAGAAUGUGGAGCUGAGGGUGGAGGUGGAGGCAUACCCCAAGCCUCGCGUCCACUGGAGCAAAGAUGGAGCCAUGAUCAACGGAGACAAUGUCAUUGACGUGAGACAGGAGCAAGAGACCAGGUACAUCAGCACAUUAACUCUAGUGAGAAUCCGUCUCGAGCAGAAAGGAUACUACACUAUUCAUGUUGACAAUGAGGACGAUUACAAAAAUAUGACAUUUGACCUAGUGGUUAAAGUUCCCCCUCAGAUAACUGAACUUUCAGAUCAUCACCUGCCAGAGAAGAAGCACGCCGUCACCUGUGUGGCAGAGGGAGUCCCAUCUCCCAGCAUCCAGUGGUUCAGCUGUGACAGCAUGCAUAAAUGCAACAACAGAAGUGCUGUUUGGAGCCCCCUAGUGGCAAAUACAGAGAGCAUCAACAUUGUGACUAAUGCCACCUAUAACGAGAGCCGCAAGAUCCACCAGGUGUAUAGCCAGGUGAUGUUUCUCCGUCCUCAGCAGAUCACUGUCCGCUGCCAGGCCAGAAAUGAGAGAGGAGCUCGGGCACGGGACAUCAGACUUAUCACUAACACUCUUUUCUCUCAGGUGGCUGUUCUGGCUGCUGUUCUGGCUCUAGUUGUCAUAGCCAUCAUUUUUAUCAUCAUCCUAAUCGCCGUGUGGAGGAAGAAGCCACGUUAUGAGAUCAGAUGGAAGGUGAUUGAGUCUGUGAGUCAGGAUGGGCAUGAGUACAUCUACGUGGACCCUGUUCACCUCCCCUAUGACCUGGCCUGGGAGAUGCCUCGAGACAGCCUGGUUCUCGGUCGCACUCUGGGAUCAGGAGCGUUUGGCAGAGUGGUAGAGGCAACUGCAUAUGGACUCACCAAUUCCCAAUCGUCGACUAAAGUGGCUGUGAAAAUGCUCAAAUCGACGGCACGUAGGAGCGAGACUCAGGCUUUGAUGUCUGAGCUGAAGAUCAUGAGUCACCUGGGUCCACACCUCAACAUCGUCAACCUGCUGGGAGCCUGCACCAAACAAGGUCCUCUGUACCUGGUGACGGAGUUCUGUCGAUACGGAGACCUAGUGGAUUACCUGCACAGGAACAAGCAGAGCUUCCUGCAGAACUACGCUAACAAGAGCCACCUCACUAACAGCAGUGACAGCCACAUCUGCAUCGACUCUGAGGUGUCUUCUGGAAAAGGCUAUGUGUCAUUUGGCUCUGAGAGUGAUGGGGGUUAUAUGGACAUGAGGAAAGAGGAUAUGACGGAAUAUGUGGCCAUGCAAGAACUGACAGACGCCAUCAAAUACGCUGAUAUCCAACCAUCUCCAUAUGAGUUACCAUAUCAGCAGGACAUUUACCAGGAACAAGGUCACAGAGUGGACCUUUCACUCGUCAUCAGUGAUUCUCCCAUUCUGAGCUACACUGAUCUGGUGGGCUUCAGCUUCCAGGUGGCCAAAGGCAUGGAGUUUCUGGCCUCCAAAAACUGUGUUCAUCGGGACCUAGCAGCGAGGAAUGUCUUAAUAUGUGAGGGAAAACUGGUGAAAAUCUGUGACUUUGGUCUGGCCAGAGACAUCAUGCAUGACAACAAUUACAUCUCCAAAGGCAGCACAUUCUUGCCACUGAAGUGGAUGGCCCCAGAGAGUAUCUUCCAUAACCUCUACACCACGCUCAGUGAUGUCUGGUCUUACGGUAUUUUACUAUGGGAGAUAUUCACUCUGGGAGGAACCCCGUACCCAGAUCUCCCCAUGAAUGAGCUCUUCUAUAAUGCUCUUAAGAGAGGCUACCGGAUGGCCAAACCCAUGCACGCUUCAGAGGAAAUUUAUGAGGUGAUGAGGAAGUGCUGGGAAGAGAAGUUUGAGAAGAGACCGGAGUUCUCCUAUCUGGUGCAGGAGAUGGGAAACAUGCUGACUGAAGGCUAUAAAAAGAGAUACUCUCAGGUCAAUGAGAGCUUUCAUAAGAGCGAUCAUCCAGCCGUGAUACGCAGCAAGCCCAGGGUCCCCUCUCCAUUCCCAGGCACACUUCCUCCCUCUUCCCCUUCCACCAUUUUCCCUCCAUCCUCCACACCUAACCGUUGCCUAGAGGCUGAGCAAGAGAUGGCACCAGUGCCUUAUAACGGUUACAUCAUCCCUAUCCCUGACCCCAAGCCUGAGGAAGAGUGCCAGGAAGUCAGUAUGGCAACAGAAAGCCCCUCGAGCUCUGUAGGCUCUGAGGCAGAGACAGCAUCACUGGAGGCUCCCAGUGCAGAACAGGAGUGUAAUGAUCAACUGAAGGAACAAUCCAGCACUCCUGACGCAGAGGAAAGCUUCCUGUAACACCAUGUAGCUUCCUCUUACACUGGAGAAAAUCUGCGACUAACAUUCAAACAAAAAGCAGACACAGGAUCGAAUUCAUACAGAGCCUGUGGGGUGACACGGUAGUUAUCUGAGACCAGUAAUUAAUUAUCGAGGCUGUAAGUUAAUAUUUCCAUGAUGACAAAACUAGUGUUGCAAUCCAUUGUACAAGUUGAUUUUUCAGAGUUACGAUCUAAAAGCGUUCCAGUGCCUCGGCUUGGAAAGACAUAGAUGUCCACAGCAAAUUCGUACUUCUGUGCCCAGUCUCUGAAUUUGAUAAACAUAUUAAUAAGAGCUACACAAAUUAUUUCUGUGUGAUUAACAAAAAGAAAUUACAUAUAACGUAGGUCAACUAUCCUGACUUUCUUUGCUCACAAAAAAUAUCCAUCACAAUGGUCUUAUCAUGUUCGUACAAUUGAGCUGAAAUCAGCAGAAUUACAUUGCAUACUUAGAAAGCAAACUAAACUUAAAACAGCUUUUCUGUUGUCAAAAGGUAAUUCUGUUUACUGUCAACUGUGUGCCUCCAUAUUUUGGGGACAUGAGGUGUUUAUGUGGGAUCAGAACACUGUCCAAUGACCAUUUUGUCCAAUAGUUGAGACAUUUCGUCCAAAGCCUUUUUCAUAUGCGACAAGAUCGAGAUAUAAACAAACCACAUACUUCAUUUAAGGGAGUGCAUUAAGCAGGUUUAUGACUGCGUCUCCCCAUAAUAAAUGGAAAUAAACAAUUUUUGUAAAGCAAAUGAGUGCUGUAGUACGAGCGCUUCAAAACAAAACAGCAGUGUAAGGGGUGUAAACAAGUAGACCCUUAUCAUAACAGGCUGCUCUCCGAGCUUUGAGUCCAGUGAAGCUGUUUAAUAGGCCAUUUGCAGGAAUUGGUCAAGUGCCAAUU